AGGAGGGCCCUCUGGGAGAUGGUACCAGUGAGAACUCAGAGUCUGAGCCCGAGGACUUUGUGGAGGAAGCCAACACCGAGGGCCUUUACAGCACCUCUCCGCCCAGCACGCCCCGGCAGAUGAAGCGCCAGUCCACCAAACACCAGAGGAACAAUGCCGGGCGGCCCACGAGCCGGGCCAAUCUGAAAGACAAGAUGAAUGCCCCAAGCCAGCCACCCCACCGAGACGUGGGCCGGCCAGCCGAGAGCACAGAGGAGCACGCCUACAAGCAGGAGAAGAAGAUCCGGGCAGCGCUCCGGAGCACCGAGCGUGACCACAAAAAGAACGCGCAGUGCUCCUUCAUGCUGGACGCGGUGGGCGGCGCUUUGCCCAAAAAGCCCAUCCCGGACGUAGACCUCCAUAAGCCUUACCUCAGCCUGGGCUGCAGCAACGCUAAGCUGCCCGUGUCGGUGCCCCUGCCCAUCCCUAGGACAGCCCGCCAGACCUCCCGGACCGACUGCCCCGCUGACCGCCUCAAGUUCUUUGAGACACUGCGGCUGCUGCUCAAGCUCACGUCGGUCUCCAAGAAGAAGGACCGGGAGCAGAGGGGCCAGGAGAGCACGUCUGCCUUUUGGUUUAACCGCUCGAACGAGCUCAUCUGGCUCGAGCUGCAGGCCUGGCACGCAGGGCGGACCAUCAACGACCAGGACCUCUUCCUGUACACGGCGCGCCAGGCCAUCCCGGACAUCAUCAACGAGAUCCUGACCUUCAAGGUCAACUACAGCAGCUUGGCCUCGGCGCGCAACGGCAGUGGCACUUGGAAAGGGCCCCCCGCAGCUGGCUCCACCUACCAUGAGCACCUGCAGCGCCAGCGGGUGUCGUUCGAGCAGGUGAAGCGCAUCAUGGAGCUGCUCGAGUACAUAGAAGCACUUUAUCCAUCGCUGCAGGCGCUGCAGAAGGACUACGAGAAAUACGCGGCCAAGGACUUCCAGGACAGGGUGCAGGCGCUCUGCUUGUGGCUGAACAUCACCAAGGACCUGAACCAGAAGCUUCGGAUUAUGGGCACGGUGUUGGGCAUCAAGAACUUGUCAGACAUUGGCUGGCCAGUGUUUGAAAUCCCAUCCCCACGUUCGUCCAAGGGGACAGGGCCCGACGAGGACGGCGAGAGCUAUGACCCUGAAGGAGACUUGAAGGAGCUGGGGAGUAGCACGGAGGAGAGUGACGAUGAGGAGCAUGCUCCAGAGCCCAGGCCGCUGCUGCUGCCACCCACCCAGCACAUCUCGGCCCAGAGGCUGAGGAGCUUGGAGCUGGAGGAGGAGAUGGUGGGCUGGGUGGCCCCGGAUGGCAGCCUGGAAGGCGGCUCAAGCCAGCAUUGUCUGACUUCUAUUUAUAGACCCUUCGUAGACAAAGCACUGAAGCAGAUGGGCUUGAGGAAGCUCAUUUUGCGGCUCCACAAGCUGAUGAAUGGCUCCUUGCAAAGGGCACGUAUGGCCCUGCUCAGCAGCGAGCAUGCCAUGGAGUUUUCUGAGUUUCCUGAUGCCAUGUGGGGCUCGGAUUACGUGCAGCUCUCCCGAACGCCAGCCCCCUCAGAGCAGACAUGUAGCGCUGUGUCCUGGGACGAGCUGCAGGCCAUGGACCUCCCCUCUUUCGAGCCUGCCUUCCUGGUCCUCUGCCGAGUCCUCCUCAACGUCAUCCAUGAGUGUCUGAAGUUAAGAUUGGAGCAGAGGCCGGCUGGUGAGCCUUCCCUUCUGAGCAUCAAGCAGCUGGUGCGUGAGUGCAAGGAGGUGCUGAAGGGUGGCCUGCUGAUGAAGCAGUACUACCAGUUCAUGCUGCAUGAAGUGUUGCUCGACCGCGACAAGGCUGACUGCAACAUGGACGCCUUCCAGGAGGACCUGCACAAGAUGCUCAUGGUGUAUUUCGAUUACAUGAGAAGCUGGAUCCAAAUGCUACAGCAAUUACCUCAAGCAUCCCAUAGCUUAAAAAAUCUCUUAGAAGAAGAGUGGAAUUUCACCAAAGAAAUCACCCAUUACAUCCGGGGAGGAGAGGCACAGGCUGGGAAGCUGUUCUGUGACAUCGCGGGAAUGCUGCUGAAGUCCACUGGGAGUUUCCUGGAGUUCGGCCUUCGGGAAAGCUGCGCUGAGUUCUGGACCAGCGCCGACGACAGUAGUGCCUCAGAUGAGAUUAGGAGAUCAGUCAUAGAGAUCAGCCGGGCGCUGAAGGAGCUCUUUCACGAAGCCCGGGAGCGAGCCUCCAAGGCACUGGGCUUUGCGAAGAUGCUGAGAAAGGACCUGGAGAUCGCAGCUGAGUUCGUGCUUUCAGCCCCAGUUCAAGGCCUUCUAGAUGUUCUGAAGUCAAAGGAAUAUGUCAAGGUACUGGUGCCUGGCCUAGAGAGCCUGCAUGUGUUCGUGCCCCACGCCUUUGCUGAGAAGAAGAUCAUCCUGCAACUGCUGAAUGCGGUGGCGGGGAAGGACUGCACCAAGGAUGCCGAUGACCUAGACCUGGCUUACCUGCUGCUUACCAAGCAUGGUGACCAUGACAGCUGGGCUGCCUGGGACGAGCAGCCUAUCAAAGUGGUCCCUCAGGUGGAGACUGUGGACACGCUGAGAAGUAUGCAGUCUGCCCACCUCAACAUGCAGAGAAAGGCCUUCCAGCAGGCCAUCGAGGGCCUCCUGCCUCUGCGCCAGGAGCAAACAUCCAGCCAGCCAGUCAUCGCCAAAGCGCUACAGCAGCUCAAGAAUGACGCAUUGGAGCUUUGCACCCGGAUCAGCGACGCCAUUGACUGUGUGGACCACAUGUUCACAGCUGAGUUUGACGCGGAGGUGGACGAGGCUGAGUCAGCCACGCUGCAGCAGUACUAUCGUGAGGCCAUGAUCCAGGGUUACAACUUUGGGUUUGAGUAUCACAAGGAAGUGGUUCGUUUGAUGUCUGGAGAGUUCAGACAGAAGAUAGGAGAUAAAUAUAUCAGCUUUGCCCGGAAGUGGAUGAAUUAUGUGCUGACCAAGUGCGAGAGUGGGAGAGGUACCAGGCCCAGGUGGGCAACGCAAGGCUUUGACUUUCUACAAGCCAUCGAACCUGCCUUUAUUUCAGCUUUACCUGAAGACGACUUCUUGAGUUUACAAGCUUUGAUGAAUGAAUGCAUCGGCCAUGUCAUAGGGAAGCCACACAGCCCUGUUACAGCCAUUCACCGGAACAGCCCCCGCCCCGUGAAGGUGCCGCGCUGCCACAGCGACCCUCCCAACCCACACCUCGUCAUCCCGACUCCAGAGGGAUUCAGCACUCGUAGCGUGCCUUCGGAUGCGCGCGCUGUUGCCGCCACCGCCACUGGGCGCCCUGGCCCUGCUGGCAGCGACUCCACAGCGCUCAAACCCACCAGCAGUGCCCAUGAUGCCAGGGGUUCCAGCGUCCCCGAGAAUGACCGCCUUGCUUCUGUGGCUGCUGAACUACACUUCCGGUCCCUGAGCCGCCACUCCAGCCCUACUGAGGAGCGAGAUGAGCCAGCAUAUCCAAAGGGCGAGUCCACGGGAUCCACUCGGAGAAGCUGGGAACUCCGGACCCUCCUCAGCCAGACCAAGGAAACUGCUUCGAAGCAGGGGCCCAUAGAAGCGAUCCAGAAGUCGGUGCGGCUGUUUGAAGAGAAGCGUUGUCGCGAGAUGAGGAGGAAAAACAUCAUUGGCCAGGUCUGCGACACGCCCAAAUCCUAUGACAACGUCAUGCACGUGGGCUUGCGGAAGGUGACUUUCAAGUGGCAAAGAGGAAAUAAAAUCGGGGAAGGUCAGUAUGGAAAGGUCUACACUUGCAUCAGCGUGGACACUGGCGAGCUGAUGGCGAUGAAGGAGAUCCGCUUUCAGCCCAAUGACCACAAGACCAUCAAGGAAACGGCAGACGAACUGAAGAUCUUUGAGGGCCUCAAGCACCCCAAUCUGGUUCGGUACUUCGGGGUGGAGCUUCACAGGGAGGAGAUGUACAUCUUUAUGGAGUACUGCGACGAGGGCACCCUGGAAGAGGUGUCCCGGCUGGGGCUCCAGGAACAUGUCAUUCGCCUGUACUCCAAGCAGAUCACAGUCGCCAUCAACGUCCUCCAUGAGCACGGCAUCGUCCAUCGCGACAUCAAAGGCGCCAACAUCUUCCUCACCUCCGCUGGCCUCAUCAAGCUGGGCGACUUCGGGUGCUCCGUCAAACUGAAAAACAAUGCGCAGACCAUGCCCGGAGAAGUAAAUAGCACGCUGGGAACAGCAGCCUACAUGGCCCCAGAGGUCAUCACCCGCGCCAAGGGGGAAGGCCAUGGGCGGGCCGCCGACAUCUGGAGCCUGGGCUGUGUCGUCAUAGAGAUGGUGACUGGCAAGAGGCCUUGGCACGAGUAUGAGCACAACUUCCAGAUCAUGUACAAGGUGGGGAUGGGGCACAAGCCCCCCAUCCCCGAGCGGCUGAGUCCCGAGGGCAAGGACUUCCUGUCACACUGCCUGGAGAGCGAGCCACGCAUGCGGUGGACGGCCAGCCAGCUCCUCGACCACUCCUUCGUCAAGGUAUGCACAGAUGAAGAGUGACUCUGACUCUGCCCUGCUGUGCGACUUCCCUGGCGGUGAUGCCGGGGCAUCCGUGUGGGCAUGUGGGCUGACAGCCCUCCCUGACCAUGAUGGGGUUGCCCCUACUCCUGCUGCUCCGUUUCUCAGCCCCGUGCCAGGAUCAGGAAGGUCAGGAGGCUGCGUGUUAAGUGCCAUUACUACUGUACAGGGACCAGUGCUCAGGCACUGCCUGGCAGACAGGCCCCACAGGCCGCCAGCCCUGUCCGUCCGUCCGUCCGUCCUGCACUGACUGUGGGCCCUGCCCACCCGUCCCGCUGUAUUGGCGGCGUUAGCCGCAAGUUUGUUAUGCAAAGGCCGUUGAAUGAAAUUUAAGGAAAGUACUUUUUUCAAUAAAUGGUUUAUUUUAGGAA